AUGAUCGGAGAACUCUAUUAUACACAACGGGAUCAGGCGCCUUGGGUAGCAGCGCCAAACCCGUAUCAAGACCAAGUGUCGUUUUCUCCAAAUUUCUACAACGAGCAGCAUCACAAUGCUCAACAACAACAAUCAUCGCAACAACGAUAUUUUGCUCAACCGGAUGUAUUUUCUUAUUCAAGAAGAAACCUGCCAUUCUACAGUACCAUUCCGCCUUGCAAGUCGAGCUGUUCUUUGACGUUUUGUAAAUGGGUUGAGAAUGGCGAAGAAUGCGGAAUGGUAUUCGAUUCACCGCAAUCAAUCUCCACGCAUUUGAGCGAUUAUCAUAUUCCGCGUGGCGAUCAAAAUAAUCACGUGUGCCACUGGAAGGAUUGUAGUCGAAAUGGGAAGACAUUUAAGGCAAAAUACAAACUGGUGAAUCAUGCUAGAGUACAUACAGGAGAAAGGCCGUUCACAUGUCCCAUUGAGCACUGUCGCAAAGAAUUCGCGAGAUCCGAAAACUUGAAAAUCCACGUCAGAACACACACAGGCGAGAAACCGUUUCAGUGUACGCAUGAGGGAUGCACCAAACUCUUCGCCAACUCAUCGGACCGAAAGAAGCAUAUGCAUGUGCAUUCAACGCAGAAACCAUAUAGGUGCAAGUAUGCCAAUUGCGAUAAAACCUACACACAUCCAAGUUCUCUGAGAAAACACCUAAAAGCUCACGAGAAGGAUGAAAAUUGUAAAACUCCCGACCACGAUGAGAGUAGUGAUUCUGGACAUGCAUCCGUUGGAUCUCCACCGGAUGAAGCUGAGCCUGAAUUCUUUGCAGAAACCACCAUAAAGGCAUUUGAGUUUGAACCAAAGCCAGCUAACCAAAAUGCAUUCAUGCCAUCGACAUUCCAAAACAUUCAACCAGUUGAUAUUGAAUGUUUUCAAACGUAUCCCUUAAAUCCAGCUCCUCCUAUGUACCCAAUUAAUAGUGGCGAAUUUUUCUCACCGGACCAGACGCAUUAUUAA